AACGACGAGAGUUCAGUGCAAGAAACCCUCUCACAACUGGAUUACUACGCCUAUUGGUUGACACACUGUUUGGGAAGAUACCACACUGACCAAGGAGCUAUGGACCAGCAAUUCUGUCUACGCUGGAACAAUCACCCGACGAACUUAACUGGCGUGCUAACCUCGUUGCUGCAGAGGGAGGCACUAUGUGAUGUGACGCUGGCAUGCGACGGUGAAACAGUCAAGGCGCAUCAAACGAUUCUAUCAGCAUGCAGCCCAUAUUUCGAGACAAUUUUCCUGCAAAACCGCCAUCCACAUCCUAUCAUCUAUUUAAAAGAUGUCAGAUACUCAGAAAUGCGCUCCCUGCUCGACUUCAUGUACAAAGGCGAAGUCAAUGUCGGUCAGAGUUCGCUGCCGAUGUUCCUCAAAACAGCCGAGAGUCUACAGGUUCGUGGCUUAACGGACAACAACAACCUCAAUUAUCGCACGGAACACCGCGAUUCGCCCAUAUCCUCGCCCACCGGCCGUACACCGUACAGUAGCGGCGGUCUCGGUGGUGGCGGCAGUGGCGGUAGCGAAUGUGAGCCACGCGAACGCGAUCAACAGUUACGUGGUCGUGCCACCGAACGCGAUAUGCGCGACGAAAUGCAUUCACAUCGCAGUAGCAGCAGUUUGAGCGAACGCAAUGCCGCCGCCGCUGCAGCAGCAGCAGCUGCCACCGCAAAUGUGGGUAGUGUGAGUGCCAGUCUACAAUCCGCAGCAGCAGCAUUGGGUUUAGGAGAACGUUCGCCAAUUACAGCGGCCGCAAUGGCAGCCGCAGUAGCGGCUGCGGCCACACGCAGUGCCAGCGCCGAUCCGCUUGGCGGUUCGACGAAUACAGCCUGCUCCGGUGGCAGUGUCAGCGGUGCUGGUGGCAUAUUAAACAGUCGCAACAGCGAUGCGAAUAGUGAGCGCAGUGUUAGCGGUGGCGGUGGUGCCGGCAAUGGGGCCAGUAGUGGCGAUCGCAGUAGCAGCAUUGGACGCGAACGCGCCGAUAGUCGUGAUGAACUCAUGCAGCUAGACUAUAGUAACAAGGAUAACAGAGAUCGUGAUAGAGAGAUGUCCACCACGCCGGUGGAGCAUAUAGGUAGUAAUAAGCGAAGACGUAAGAACUCAUCCAACUGUGAUAAUUCGUUGACCUCGACGCAUAACGCAAAUGUACAGGACAGGCACUACACUCAGGAUUCUCAGGCAUCCUCGCGCAGCAAUUUCAAAUCGAGUCCCGUGCCAAAAACUGGCAGCACGUCUGAAUCGGAGGAUGCCAUCAUCACAGGUGUUGGCGAACGACGCGAUUCGCCACUCUCCGUCAGUCAAUUGAGUAUCAGUGGUGGAGGUCUGGGUGGCGUGGGUAGCGGUAGUGUUAGUGCGAUUCCCAGUAGUAUUGGUCUCAGUCAUGCGCUUAGUAUUAAACAAGAAUUAAUUGAAGCACAACAACAACAACAGCAACAGCUGCAACAACAACAACGUGAGACUCAUGUACCUUUGCCAACCGAAUACUUGCCGCCCGGUGCACUGAAGCUACACUCCGAGGAAAUGUCUCAGCUAUUAUCCUCACAUGGCCUACAGCAAGAGAGUCGAGAGGAUCAGAACGAUGGUAAACAGCUACCACUGGAUCAGUCGGAUAACAUUGAUGGUGAUGAUGGUGUUGAUGGCAAUGACAUGCGCGUUGAAGCAAACCGAAAUCAUGCAGACAUUAGAGCAGACGAUGACGUUGGCAAUUUGAAUUAUGACGAUGAGGAAGAUAAUGAUGACAAUGAGGCGGGCGUUGAUGAUGACACCGAGCACGUGCAUCGUCAUAUUGCCUAUCGCCAUAAUAGACGGCGUGUUAUACGUGCAACAGACGGCAUGCAAGCGCAGCAAAGCGUCGCCGAGCAUAUUGAUGUUGUUGAUGAUGAGGGUAACGCACAUGAUUUGUGCGGCGAUGAUGAGGAUUACGAUUACGACAAUGAUUGCCAUAGCGAUUGUGAUCACAAGAUAUUGGACAGCAACUACAACUGUCACUACAAACGUUGUAGGCAAGAGGCGGCCAUGCGCAGCCAGCAACAACAACUGUACGAGCAACAUCAGCAAAACCAGCAAAAGCAUUUGCAGUCACAACACUAUCACCAGCAACAUGUUGCCGAGAUGAUGUUGCACGCACGAAAUGGUCCGCUGAAUGAUGUUAUUGCGCUGACGACGGCGCCGCCGCAGCCCACAUUGCCAACACAUCGUCACAUGCAUCCCCAAACCGUAAUUAAUCUUGGCCGCUGUAGUAAUGCUUUGGAUGCGCUUUGCUCUGCCGAGGCUGCUGCAGCAGCCGCAGUGGCAGCGCUUUCGCCUGCUUCGUCGAAUGCGUCGACAGCAUCGGCAACACUACAGAAACAGCAGCAACAACAGCAACAAUUUGCGUACGCACAGCAACAACAUGCUGCUGCAGUCAACUAUCAGCAACAACAACAACAGCAACAACACGCGUUAGCAACUGCUGCCAACAUGGUGCAGCAUCGCCAUAGUCACCAUCAUCAACAGCUGCAGCAACAACAUUUACAAAGCAUUCAUACACAAGCGAACAAUGACACUACCGGCAGCGACAACAACACCACACAGUUGCAACUAAUUGCCACGAACUCCCACCCAUCCACCGUUGCCAACAGCGCAAACUCGGCCGCCGCCGCCGCCGCUGCAGCCGCAGCCAAUCGUCGCGACCACAAUAUCGACUACUCCACGCUCUUCGUGCAAUUGUCGGGCACGCUGCCCACUUUGUAUCGCUGCGUCAGCUGCAACAAGAUCGUAUCGAAUCGUUGGCAUCACGCCAACAUUCAUCGGCCUCAGAGUCAUGAGUGUCCUGUCUGCGGGCAAAAGUUUACGCGUCGAGACAACAUGAAAGCCCACUGUAAAAUAAAACACGCCGACAUUAAAGAUCGUUUCUUCAGUCAUUAUGUACAUAUGUGAUCAAUUUUUUAUGUGGUCAAAUAAACAGUUAAACUAUUUAUCUAAUCCGAUUAAUGGCACACAAACACUUGCAAAAAAAAUCAACAGGCUCACACACCCAAAGGACACAAAAUGCAUAAUAAGCCAACAUUGAUUUGCUCAUACAAAGGCCGCACAUUUCGAUUUAAUUUCAUCACAACUGAACUGCUCUCUAUAGAAAUACAAUUAGUGUGUUUGCCGGAUUCAUAAAUCUCCUUGUAUAUUAUAGACUUAAUUUUGUAUAUCUUUAGACGACAAGUGAAAUAAAGCAGGUUCUUUUAUAGCGGUAGCUCAUGAGUCUUGAUUCAAAAAAAUUUUUUUUUUUAAAUGAAGCAUACCUUUAGGCAUUAUACUUUAAUUAUUAAUUUUCAAUCCUUUUAAAUUGAUUGUUUUGAAACAGCUAUGCGGUGAGGCUCGACAUAAGAUUUACAUUUAGCUGUUUUUGGGUCAGUAAUGCCAUGCUGUUACCAAAAACUAUACAGUUAAAUGCAAAAACUUCGGAAAAGAAACAUCCCUUUAGGCAUUUUUCUUUGAUAUACAAGUAAAGAAAUAUAUUUUUAGGCGAAAUUUCCAUUGUUUAUUUAAUUUUUAAUUGGUUGCUUGCAAAUACGUCCUCAAUAUCUAAACGAUACAUACCUUUCGGCGUUUUCUUUGAAUUAAAAGAAAAGAAUAAUAUCUCAUGGCAUUAUUUUUCGAAAUUAACAUGGUUUAUUUAAUUAUUAUUUCAAUCGAAUUUACGAAUUCACUUUAAUAGACAUUUAUUAAAUAUCUUUUUUCCGCCACUCUGAGAUUUUUAAAAUUAAACAAAAGCUAUUAAAAUAAAAAAAAAUCGACGUUUUCUGAAGAGCGAUCUGUAAACGUUGCAAAAAAAUUUUCUGUUAGCACCUGCCUAGGAGGAAAAGAGCACUUUAGGAGAGUGAAGUGAAGAAAUCAUACAACUUCAGUUAUGGCGGCAAUAUAAGUUCGGUUGCCUGCCUUAAUGAGCACUUCAAAGUUCUGUACACACUAAAACAAGCUAUACAUAAACUAAAUACUGUAGUACAUUUCAAUAUUUUCUUAGCAAUCAACUAAGAUAUCUUUAAAUUUUCCUCAUAAAUAUGCAAAAUGUAUGUAUUUAUUAUAUAUGUAGUUGUAAAUCUAAAAAAAACACAGCAAGAAACCAAAGAACUCACCAAAAAUCCCUACAAAUAUUAUAUGUAUCAUAAGAUUAUGAUGGAUUUUCGUGUAAUCUGAAAGUAAUUAGCAAGAACUCAGUUUAAUUAGUAUUAAAACUUCAACGACAAAGCGAUUGUAACAAAACAAAGUACGAGUAUUAACCCACCCGAGCAAAUUGUGGAUUCUUUAGUAGACUGUAGUAUUGCAUAUUUACCAUUAGUAUUUAUUUUUACUAAACGAAAGUGGACAACGAGUUAAAGUGAACAUUUAUCAAAUAUAUAUUUUUUUCUUAUGUUAGCUGUUAAAUAAUUUAAAUUUCACGUAGACGCCAAUAAACAAACAAUUUUACAAACUCGCGUGUGACUCGUGUUGUCAUACAAUUGAGACGAAUAUGUACCGUUAAGCGCUGAUAAUCUUUGUAGUAUUUUUUACCAUUUCAAUACCUUUAAAACAAUAUUUGAACAAAGCAAAACAAGUAUUAUGUAAUUUAGUAAUUCCAAAACGAAAGCGAACGCGUGCGCGAUAAGUUAACACUUCUAGUAGUGAGUCAAUAUUAACACUUUAAGUCCUGCCAUAUUUAGUUGUUAGUAAGUUAAUUGCAAAGUGACUGUUUAGUUGAAUUUAUUAAUAAAAUAAAUAUUUUCUGCGCAUAAACAAAGAGCUGAAUGCAUUUCUUUUCGUCGAAAUCAUGUCUGUAAAUGUGCGAAAAUGUUGCCAAAUAAUUGAUAAAAAAAAAUAUGCCUUCGUGGAAUUUAUAUUAAUUGUGUGUAGCUUUCUACUA